AUGCGCACUUCUCGCACUUCCAGAGACACCGCGAAGGUGGUGCAGGCUCUCUCACCCCCUAUCCGGCGACAAACGCGCAACUCUAACUUGAGCGAUUUGAAAAGCUUCGUCUACAACCCAAAGGCGACUCCAAACAUCACGAUAGAGCCAGAAAAUGUCUCGGUGACACUCAGUCUGUCUGCCAUCAAAAGUGACGAUGAAUCAUCUUUCUCCGACCUCUCUGAAGCAGACACGGCGGAUAUCGAAGACCUCCUUGCACCGCCAUCGAAACGCCAAAAGCGCAACGCGAGCCCCAUAAACCGACGAGCCCCUCGCGUACCCCGAAAAGCCAUAGUCAAAAAGGAGCCCGACCAGAAACCAACCCCAGCACCUAAACAAAGACGACUCCCGGCCCGAACAACCCGCGGCAUCGACGGCUCGGUCAAGGUCGAGCCCCCUUCCAACUGGGAGACGAUGUACGAGAUCGUAAAAAAGAUGAGGGCAGCCAACCCGACCGCCCCGGUAGAUACAAUGGGCUGUGCAGAGCUAUACUGGCGCGCCUCAUCACCAAUAGAUCGCCGAUUCCAGACUCUUAUCGCAUUGAUGCUUUCAUCCCAGACGAAAGACACAGUCACAGCAGUAGCGAUGCAACGCCUUCACACCGAGCUCGGGGAUGCUACCCCUCCAGCUCAAGAUAUCACAAUCAAACAAGAGGACGACGAUUCAAACCCCACCGACAGCACCCUCAACUUGUCCAACAUCCUCGCCGUGGACCCAACGCGAUUAAACGAACUAAUUCGAACAGUCGGCUUCCACAACAACAAAACAAAAUACAUCAAAGCCGCGGCGCUGAUCCUACGAGACCAGCACAACGGGGAUAUCCCCUCGACUCCAGAAGGCCUCAUGGCGCUUCCCGGUGUCGGACCCAAAAUGGCCUACCUCUGUUUGAGCGCGGCGUGGGGUAAACACUUGGGGAUCGGGGUUGAUGUGCACGUUCAUCGCAUUACCAACCUCUGGGGUUGGAAUAAAACCAAAACGCCCGAGGAGACGAGGAAGGCGCUUCAAUCGUGGUUGCCGGUUGAAAAAUGGCAUGAGAUUAAUAAGUUGCUUGUUGGGCUUGGACAGACAGUUUGUUUGCCUGUCAAGCGUCGCUGCGGAGAUUGUGAUCUGGCUGGCUUACAACUUUGUAAGAGUGAGAUUAGGGGACUGGAGCCGACGAUGCUGAAGGUCAAGAAAAGUCCUGAGAUUGAUGAGCCCAAGGUUAAGAUUGAGGCUCUUUGA